AUGAAAUUAUUUAUUAUCACAAUUCUCGUUUUACUCGUUAAUGGUGACAUAAAAUAAUUGGAUAUAAGGGAAAACCUGGUGUGCAAGUAAUUGAUACUAAAAGGGGAACUAAAAUGCCAAGAGGUUCAUGCAGACAGAAUAGUGACAGAAGAAAUUGAUAUUCCCACAGAGUUUAGUUCAGAUGUUUUAGAGUUGAAUAGUUUGAGUCCUUUUAGAAGUGACACGAGGGCAUCUGCUUUCAUUGAAGAACCUAGAGAGGAUACAAUAUUUAUUAGUGCCAACUUUUAGGAGAUCUACAGGGAUGAUGAGGAUGAAAGUACUGAUCACAGAACAAUUGUAACCGAUUUCAUUUAGAUUCAUGGACAAUCACAAUGGAUUCCCAUAAUAGUGGAUGAAUAAAAUGUUGGUUGGAAGAGGGAGAGCAAAAAUCUAUAAAACGAUCAUGAGAAAUUGAGACAGAUUUUAAAAUAGAAUAGUUACUUCAGUUAUAAACAUGAGCAUUUCAAAAGGAGUCAGUUGGAUAAAUACAAAUAUGAGAGGAAUGACAACAAUAGGAUAUAUGGGAAGUGGAAUGAUGAGUUGAUAUUCUAAUAUAAUGAUUUACCAUAGAAUCAUACUUAUAUAUAGGUGACAGCAAACUUUGUUAUGUUGACUGACUUUUGGAGAUUCGGAACUGUAAUAAUAACAAUUUAUUUAGAGAAUGAUAAUGAGAGUUGAUGGUGAAACUGUUUGGAUGUAAUCUCAUCAUUAGAAUCUGAAGAUCUGUUUAUAUUUGGAGCAUCUGUUGAGUGGUAUCCAGAGUAAUCGCAAUUUGCAGACAGAAUUUAAUGAGAUGCUUUAUCAGGAAUGGACAUUGCCAAUCAAUCUGAGUGUCAAGCACAUUAGACACAAAUUGCACAUUGAAUUUGGUUUGAUUUUGGGAGUAAAAAUACAAUUGUAAGAUAGCAUCUGCCGAAUUAGUGUUCAUCUGGUUAAUAAUUGCUAUUUUAGGAAUUAGAAUCCAGAUUCCCAUUGUUUAGUAUUGACGAUUUUACACUACAUUAUAAAUGA